AUGAAAAGCAAACGUGCGACGAAGACGUCUCCUGCGGUAUCUGAAGCACCCGACGAUCCUGCAUCCGAAACAGACGCAUUUGAUGCGUCCCAACCAUCACAAGCAUACGGGCAAGAAGCGCAAGUGGAGCAACGACCUCGUUCGAAAGGCAAGAAGGGCUCGAAGGAGAAACCUCCGACCAAGGGAGGACGCCCGGUCGGUGCGCAAGGCUACAGUAAGUCAGAUACCAUGGCACUUCUUACACUCAUUGAUCAAGACCUUCCUCGUGGAGGAAACGAAUGGGAUCGAGUGCGAGAUCAGUACAACACACAGCACGCAUUGGUUGAGGGUCGUGAUACGCGUACGAUGGAACUCGCUCAAAAGUCGAUUUCGCCAUGUUCUUGCUCCAGCGGCUCCUAG